AUGUCGCAGAAACCUGGAGUUCACUCUUUGGAAGGGUUCAGUACAAUUGGCAGUGGGAUAUAUCUCCGGGAUACCCGCGAGCAAUGCCAGGAUACUACAUUGCCAAAUGUCAUUUUAAUAUUCGGAUGGAUGGGAGCACAACUUAGACAUUUGCAGAACUAUACCCAUGCAUAUACCAAAUUAUAUCCGAACGCGUCUCAAAUCGUUGUUCGGUGCAAUCCCGAUGUGUUCUGGACUACAACCGGUACUAGACAACGCCGCCUCAUGCCUGUAAUUGAUGCCUUAGAAGCACUGCACUGCUUCCCACCUUCUUCUUCUGCCCAACCACCUCCCCGCAUACUCACUCACGUAUUUUCCAACGGAGGCUCCCUGCAAAUGACACUUCUUGGACACAUGCUGCAGCGGAAAUAUGGCUCUACAUUAAUUCAACGUUUCACCACGAGCGCACUGAUCCUCGACUCGUGCCCGGCAAUUGGUAACCUAAAAACAAUUAAACUCGCCUUCAGCGUCGUCAUUCGGAACCCAAUUCUCAGGGUCAUCGUACUCGCCAUGAUAUACACAAUGCACUUCGUCGGCCUUGGCCUCUCUCUGGUAUUGGGUAAACGAAUAAUGUUGAUGGAAAACCUCCGGAUCGAAAUGUGGAAUCCCCGCGUCCUGCCAUGGAUGGGCCUCCACACACCCCGCCUCUAUCUUUUCUCGCGCAAGGAUAAAUUGAUUCCGUGGCAAGAUGUCACGCAACAUGCCGAGACUGCGAAGGAGCGCGGAAUGGAUGCACGUUGCGAACUGUUUGAGGAGAGCGAACAUGUAGCACACAUACGGGUGGAGCCAGAGAGGUAUUGGGCUUCGGUACAGGAUAUCUGGGCGGCCGCAAUUUCCAAGGAGAAAGUCGAGGAUCAGAGGCUACUUGAAUUAUAG